AUGACGUCUAUAAUUAAAUUUUUCACUAUAUCGGGGGCCAUGGACGAAUCGCCACCAUGUUAUUUAUUACAAAUUGACGAGUUUAAAUUCUUAUUGGAUUGCGGUUGGGAUGAACGUUUUAGUAUGGGCUUGAUAAACAAAUUAAAAAGGUAAUUAUUUUUUCUUUUUAAAAAAAGCCACGUGAACUUAUAAUGAUUUGUAUUAUUUUUCAUUUAUAAGGUAUAUACCUCAAAUAGAUGCCGUAUUGCUCACACACCCAGACCGUUUUCAUCUCGGAGCGUUACCAUACCUUGUUGGAAAAUGUGGUUUGAAUUGUCCAGUGUAUGCUACUAUACCAGUAUAUCAAAUGGGUCAAAUGUUUAUGUACGAUUUACAUCAGGUAUGAUUCUUAAUGUGAUUAUUUUCAUAUGUUUCAGUUUAGUGGCAUAUUUAGGAUUUUUCCAAGGAGAGAUAUUGAAUUUGGAAAUGAUUUCAUGUGGUAUAACAUAUACUCAAGUUAGGUAUAUACAUAUAAAAAAUAAUUAUUAACUUUUAUAUUUUUGUAAGUAAUUUAAAAUUCAAUAUCUGCUCUAACAUUAACAUUGAUAUCAAAUAAGCAGGUGCCAAUAUUUAAGUAAGUUAUUAUUAAUAAAUUAAAAUUUACUAUUGGGGUACUAAUCUAAUUUCCUUCAUGUUAUAGUGGUUUAGAUAAAAAUGUAUAUGUUCAGGAAUUUUAAUAUUUUAAUAAUAGGUACAAAAACAUAACAUUUUAAAUUUUUGAUUUAUAAAUAAAGACUAGGAUUUAUAUGUUUUUACAUAUCGUUACUAAGCAGUCUUAUGAGAGUAAGAAAUGUUAACCAUUCAUUCAAUUCUGAGUUUGUAGAAAAAAGUUUUUUUUGCAUACUUGAGAAUAUUUCAUGGGUUAAGAAAUAUUUAUCUUAUUUUGCAUAUUUUGGAAUAUUUUGUAAAUUGUAAAAAAAAUUUUUAAUAAUAUGGUACCUGGAAAAAUAUAUUUUGAACAUUUAUAAUUUUUUUUUUGUAUCAUUUUGAUAAAAAGGUUUAGUGUUGUAGUACCUACCUAUUAUAACCAUUAAACCAUUAAACAUGGAGACUAACCUGCAAUGCUGACUAGUUGUUUUUAUACUGAUAUAACAUAAAUGUAUUUGUUUAUCAUUAAUCAUUAUAUACUAUUGAUGUGUCCAAAUAUUUUGUUUUUCACUUUUCCAAUCACGUGUAGCCUGAUUUUUGAGUUUUAAAAAAAUUAAAGUACCUAUAUUAUUAUAUUUAUAUUAUAUUCUUACUCUUACUUAAGUGCACUAUUAUUCUAUUUUAAUAUGCAAGUGUCACUAAUUACUUAUGGAAUGUUGUAAAAAAAAUAGUAUAUUAAAACAUAUAUUGAUGUUCGUUGAUUAUUUUUGCAUAUUUUUCAAAUUUCUAAGAGAAUAUAAUGAGAAUAUUUUAAGGUGUUUUAGAAAAUAUUACCAUCAUAUUUUAGGUGUUUUAAGAGAAUAUAAAUCUGGUAUUUACUUAUAAGUAAUUUGAAAAAUAAAUGCAGUUUGGCUCCCAAGUGGUUUUUUUGGAAUUUAUUUUUUUUUAAUGUUGUUUAAUUUUCUUUUAGAAGUUAUGGUCAAUAAGAUGUUCUAGGAUAAUGGGGAUGGGCGAAGCCAUUGUAAUAGGUAAUUUAAUGUAUACCUGAUAAAUCAUUGCUAACAAAAAAACGAUUUUGAGCGGAGUUCAGUUGAUAAUGAUGCUUUGUCAACAAUAUAAUAUGCCAUAUUAUAGUAAAAUAAUUAAGUAGGCACUAUAUAUUUUUUUAAAUUUUUUAUUUGUUUAAUGUUGUACCCAUUUCUCUGUUUUUCCUAUGUUUUUUUCACAUUUGCUGAGAAAACUACAGAGAAAAUAAAAAAAAACAACCCUUUAAAGUACUUUUUCAGUGAAAUUCCCUUUUAGAAAAAUUGCUAUCAUUAAAAUUUGAAACGAAAUUGAUGGUAGAAAAGUUAUUCACAGAAAAAAGAAAAUUGUAAUAUUAUACAAAUAUAUUUCGUACAUUUGCCUGGUUUUUUUUUUUCAGUUUUUUGCAUUUGGUGAGAAAACUCUUGAGAAAAUCAACAAAUUACCUGUUUAUGGUAAAUUCCCUCAUUGAUUUAAUUUCAGAAAAGUUUCUACACAUCAGAACAAGUCUUGUGGUAGAAAAGUUGUACACAGAAAAAAAAAUAAACAUAUUUGUAAAACUAUAAACUUCUUGGCUUCACUUAGAAUCUAAAAGUUUAAAAAUUCUAUUCUAAUUUUUUACAAAAAUUUUGUUUUUAAGUUUAAAAUACCAAAAACUUAAAUUUUGUAUAAUUUUUUUUGUAAUUGUUAAUAUUUUUAUGCUUACUUAUUUUAAUUGAAUCAUAAUUUACUUAUUGCACUUGCUUUUUAUGUUAUUUUUAAUAAACGAUGUACAACUUAAUUAUAAAGUUAUUUCAAACAUUUGAAUAUUUAAGUAAUAAUAUUUAAAAAAAAGAACCCAUUUGUGGUGAGGUGGGGAACUUGUUAUGUUAUUACAAACUGAAUGAAGAAAAAGUAAAUUUUAAAUAACUUUAUAGUUAAGUUUUACUUGGUUUAUUAAUAAUUACUUAAAUCAUAAGUACAAGAACUAGUAAAAUUGUGAUUUUACCCAAAAGGUUGAAUAUAAAAAUAUUAACAUUUUAAAAAAUUUAUACCAAAAAAUUUAAUUUUUUGGUAAACUUUUUUUAGGUACUAAUUUGCUACUAUGAUAAUUGGAAAAAUUGUUCAUUUUAAAGAAUUUGAGCAUAUUUUUUUGAAGGUAACAUCAAAUAAAUUAAACAUGCAAAAACAGACAUUUUGAAAAAAAUUCCAAAAGUUGGUUUAGAACUACACUGCAUUUAUGCCAAAUUUGAACUUAAAAACAAAUGGACAUACUUUGCACAAUGGGUAAAUGUACACAAUGUUGUAGAUGAGAAGUUGGGAAGGUAGGAUAUAGAGAAAAUUGAAUGUAUAUUUGUAAGCAAAGAUUAAUCAUCACUAAUGAAAAAUGAUUUUAAGUGGAGCUGGAUUAAUAGUUUUGAUUUUCAACAAUAUAUAUACAAUAUUAUAGUUAAAUAAAUAGAUAUUGAAAUAAUUUGUUUGGACCAAUAACUAGAUUUAUUCCACAUAAUAUUUUACUAAAAGAUUUUUGUCAACAUUUGGUAUUAAAAUUCUUAUAAAAAAUACAUUCAAUUAAAUUUUAUUGUUUAGACCACAAUGUACGACUUCUAAUGAACUUCCUAGUCAAUUUUAGAAGAAGGAAAAAGGCAAAUAUAAGUUUCCUGACCAAAUUUCAAGUCUCUAUAAAUAUUUUUAACUGAAUUACAGAACAAAAAACAAAAUUGAAAAUAAUAAAAGUAUUGUUUUCGUAAGUUUUUCCAGUUUUUUCCAAUUAUUUUAAAAACUGCUUGGAAAAAUCAAAUAUUACAUCUUUAAAACACCACCCGAGAAAAAUUUCCUUCUAGAAAAGGUGUUACAUUUUAAAUUCCGAGCAAAAUUUCUGGUAGAAUUUUUGGUACAGAGUAUAAACAAAAAAAUAAACAUUGUAGAAUCAAUAUGUUUCUGGAUUUACUCAGAAUUUAAAAGUUCAAGGGUGGAGAUAUAUUUUCAUAAUCUUCCUUCACAAAUAUGCCACUAUUUGAAUUCAAUUUUAUGAAGGAAAAUAUUAUAGUUUUGAAUUUUUUUUUGUUGUAGUCUUUGUACAAUGUGGAAGAUUUUAAUUUAUUUAAUUUAGAUGAUGUUGAUGCUGCUUUUGAUAAAGUUAUUCAAGUAAAAUAUAACCAAAUUGUUUCCUUAAAAGGUAUGAUUUAUUAAAAUUUGUUAUUUGUGUAAUAAUAUGAAUAAAAUAAUGUAAUUUAUAUGUUUUUGUUUUUAUUAUUUUCAACUAAAUUUUAAAUUUGUUAAUUUAGGUAAAGGUAUUGGUCUAAGAAUUUUAGCAGUGCCUGCGGGUCAUAUGGUUGGUGGUACAAUAUGGAAAAUUUCCAAAGUUGGCGAAGAAGAUAUAGUGUAUGCUGUUGAUUUUAAUCAUAAAAAAGAACGACAUUUAAAUGGUAGUGAUUUAGAAAGACUCGGAAGACCAUCUUUACUUAUAUUGGAUUGUUUCAAUGCUGCAUAUUCUCAACCCAGGCGUCGAGCUCGAGAUGAAACACUCAUGAGUAUUACAUUUGUUCAAUUGUUUAUUACUAUAUUUAUUAUAAAAUUCAUAAAAAUAUUUAAUAAUUUUAAGCUUGUAUAUUGACAACACUUCGUAUCAAAGGAAAUGUGUUGAUAGCAAUUGAUACAGCUGGACGUGUUCUAGAAUUAAUGCAUAUGCUUGACCAGUUGUGGCGUAAUAAGGAGUCUGGUCUUUCUGUAUAUUCCUUAGUAUUUUUAACUAAUGUUAGCUAUAAUACUGUAGAAUUUGCCAAGUCACAAGUGUGUAUGAUAAUUAUUUUUUUAAUUAAUUUAUAUCUAAUUUUAAUUAAUUUAAUUUGUAGAUUGAAUGGAUGAGUGACAAAUUGAUGAAAAGCUUUGAAGGCGCGAGAAACAAUCCAUUUUAUUUCAAAUAUGUAAAACUAUGUCAUAACAUGAAUGAAUUAAACAAAGUCCCAGAACCUAAAGUAUACAUUUAUAUUUCUAGUUUUAUUUUACUUUGGUAACUGUUUUGAAUUUAGAAUAUUAGAUACAUUUUGAUGUUUGGAUAACAAAUUUCCUCAUGUUUUUCAGAAUGUGAAUAGAAAAAUCUCUAAGUUUGGUUAAAAAAUAUUUAUUGAUUUAAAAUUAUUUUAUAUUUUCUAUUAAUUAAGUAUAGUAUUUAUUUGGUAAAUUAUAAUAUUUGUGUCCUUUUUGUUUAUAAUAAAGGUUGUCUUAGCAAGUAAUGCUGAUUUGGAAAGUGGGUUUUCUAGGGAAGUUUUUCUCAUGUGGGCUCAGAAGGCGAAAAAUAGUGUUAUUCUUACAGACAGGUUAAGACUAUCUACAAUAAUAUAAAUACAUGUUAUUUAUUAGUUAAAAGUAUUUAUAUUAUAGGACAGCACCAGGUACACUAGCAAGAGAUUUAAUUGAUGGAGGUGGAGAUAGGUAUAUUAAAUUGACUGUUAAAAAACGUGUUCCUUUAGAAGAUGAAGAAUUAGAGCAGUAUAAUAAUAAACACAAAGCUGAUAAGAUGGAAGCUAGUAAAAAGUAUAUUUUUUUACAUUAGUUACUUGUAUUGCAUAAGAUAUGUACAUUUUUAAUUUAAAAUUUUGUAUCAUUUUAGUGUUCAAGAAAGUUCUGAUUCAGAAAAUGAUGAACCUAUAAGGGGUGAAUUUGAUUUACUUCUGGCCUCUGAGCCCAUAAAAAUAAAGAAAUCUUCAAAAAAAGAAUUACCACCAAUGUACCCAUGUUUUGAAGAGAAAUGCAAAGUUGAUCCUUUUGGAGAAGUCAUAAAGUAAGAUUUUUAAGUAAAAAUAAAAAUAUUUUUGUUAUAUCCUUGUUUUAAAUCUGCUUAGCUAACACUAUGUAUGUAACAAAAAUAUCUCUUAUAGUAUUUUUAAUAUUGAAAUUUAGAUACUUCUACUGUCUUUAUCACAAAAAAAUCAUAUAUUUAUACAUAAAUCAAAUAUCAAAUAAAAAAUGUUUAGUUUGGUAGUAAAUCAUUGUUUAAUGCUAGCAAUUUUCACAUUGUUCCAAGCCCAGCCAAAGAUGUCACACUAUUAUUCUAGAUAUCCCAAUAUCUUCUUAACCCUCAGUUAGUCCGAUGUGGUACAUAGUAUGUAUCCCAGUGUUUUAGAUACCAAGUUAUCUAGUAUCCAAUCUUUUUGAGUAUCUAUCCUAGAUAAGUAUAUUUAAAAUCAUUUAUUUUCAUUUUUGGUUUAGGUCUUUUUAUAGUCUAUUAUAUUUGUACUGAAGUUGACUGGGAUACAUAUUAUGUACCUUGUGUGACUAUUCGUAUAACUAUUUGUGUCAAUGUCAUAAACACCUAUUAUUGAGAAUCAUAUGGUAGUUAUAUUUGGUAUUUUUUUAGAAUAGUUAUUUCUUAUUGUAAUGUUAAUGGUGGCUAUGAAUUAUGAUAAAUUUGAUUAUACUUUGUUGCUAUAUUAUUAUUUAGAUUCACUUUUAUUAUUUGUGUACCUACAGUGUAUGUGUUUUCGUAUUUUAGUAAUUUUUUGUUCCUUUUUAUGUACUCUAUUUACUUACAUUAUUAUUAUAAUAAAAUGGAUAAAAAUCAUAUAUAAGAAUUAUUAGACACAAAAUGAUCAAAAUUAUUGGUAGAUAAAUGAUUUUAGAUUCUGAAUGUAUUGGUUUUACAAUGAUGUUUAUUUUUAUUUUACGUGAACACUUUCUACCAGAAAGUAUACUCUGAUUAUCAAGUAUAGCACCUUCUCUGAAAGAAAAUUUUCUAUGGGUGGUACUUUAAAGAGGUAGUUUUUUGAAAUUCUCAUUAUUAUUGAAAGAUAAGGUUGUCAUAGGCAACCAUAUUUAUUUAUUUUUGUUAUUAUUAAGUUUUUAUUAUUUUAAUCUUUUUUAAACAAUCAUUGUUGUGGUGGAAAUUAUUUUACGAUAACAUGACAUUUUACCAUAUAUUGUAUUGUUGACAAAGCAGCAUUAUCAACUGAACUCAGUUCAGAGUUAGAAAUGGUUUAUCAUUAUUUAUUGAUGUACAUUAAAUUUCUAUCUAUAGCUUAGCUUCCCAAUUUUCCACCUACAGUGGAUGUAACAGUGGUUACACCCAUGUGCAAAGUAGCAAAGUAUGUCCUACUACCUUAAGUCUACCCAAUUAAAUGGAUCACUAUACAGAUAUAAAUUAAAUUUUCCCUCUACCUUCCCUAAUUCAUUCCUACAAUAGUGGCUCACCCAUCAUGCUAAGUAUGUCCAUCUUUUUUUUUUUGAAUGUAAGAUUAAAUUUUGAUGAAAAUUAUAAAUAUUACUGCAUUUUAAAAUGUAUAUACCUAACUGAGGAUCUUAUUUUGUUAGAAUGAUUAGAGUUAUGUACAAAUAUAAAUUAAAUAACUAUAUAUCCAACCUUCCCAACUUCCCACCUAUAAUAGUGGUACAUUUACUAACAGUAUCAGCUGUUUUUUGGGUUUCUUUCAAAUAUACCAUACUGCUUAUUUAAUUAUCAUUUAUAGACCAUAUAUUAACCAUAUAACUGAAGUAUAAAUUUAUUAAUACUUUAUUUUCAAUGAAAAGUAAUUUACCUUCUGGAGACCUCAACUAUCUAAAAAUCUUCAAAAUUAUUGAUAAACCUAAGUAUGUGAUAAACAAUUAUCAUUUGUAAUUGGGAUUACUUGUAAUUAUUUAUUUAUUGUGUUUUGUAAUUAAGAGGUGUGGCAAUUAAAUAACAAGAAUUUUAGUUUUUGGGCUUCAAGUUUUGACAUUGAUUACUUUGUAAUAGGCUUAUCAUAAUGUUCAAAAGUUUUUACAUGAGUUAUAUAAGUUUGAUCUUGAUCUGAUUAAUAUUUAGUGAUGUGCGCAUUUCAAAGUGUUAGUGCCCUGAUGGUAGUCUAAUAAAUAUGUGUGGUAAAUAAAUAAAAUGGAGCAUCAAGUUUUUUGUGAAAUCCAUAGAAAAACCACCCGAAAUAUUAAAAUAUGUAUACAUAUAGAAUUAAAAAUUGCCAUUAAUAACAUGACAGGUGCACUGAAAAAAAAAGAAGUAAGCAAACUAUCAAAAAUUAAGUGUGUUGCAGAUUUUGACAAUAAUUUUUCUCAUUGAAAUAUUGAAGUAAAUGUGUGCAUGAGUUGGAUGUGUCAUAUCUGAAUCAGCAGAAAAUGAUUGGAUUUUUCAUCAUCCUUUCUUUCCCCCCCCUCCCCCACCAUUUCCAUAUAGCUCUGAUCACCAUUAGACUUUUGACUAUUACUAUAGUUAAAUUGACACUGUUUCAAAGGUUUGAAUAACAUUGAAGGACCUCACUCCAUCCAUAUGUCUUCCAGGGAUACUUCCAAAAAUGGGGGAAGCUCUGAAAUAAGUUCAUCAGAUUCGAAAGGGAGUACAUUAAGGAUAUCGGUGCUUACAUUAUAUGUAAAUAUAAAAUUAAUAACAAAUUCUCCUUUUUUAAUUGCCACUCUUCCUGUUUAUGUUCUGUCAAAUAAAACUGAGUUUAGAAGCAUACAAGAAAAUGACCUAAAAAAAAAAUGUUAUCUUUUGUUAAAAUUAAAGAACAAAAUUCAUAUUUUAAAACAUGGGUACAUUGAAUUUUUAAUUUAUUAACAAUAUAUUGGUAAAAUUUUAUCAUAUUUUAUAUUUUAUUAUGAAGAUAAUUGUUGUGAUAUAUCUAUUGAUAAUAUAAUAAUGCUUAUCAGAAUAUUAAUUUUUUUACAUGCAAUUUUUUUAGCCAGCUUAAUUGUUAUUGAUUUUAACUAAUAAUUAAAAAUAUAAUAUAUAUUGUAUUUAAACAUUUCAAACAUUUUUAGUUUGGUUCAACUACAUAAUUGGAUUCAUUUAAAAUGACAUUACUCCUUCUAGGGAACAAACUGAAAACAUUUUAAACAGUUGACAAAUAAGUUAUUUAAUGAAUUAAAUAAAUUGCUUAAUAUAAUUAACUAACUAUGGUUUUCCCUAUUUAUCAGACUCAUUAUGUAAGUUUGUUGUAAUGUCCUCAUGAGUUUUCUUUUUUAUAGCUUCUAAAAUGAUUAAUUAUUUUUGUUCCUAAAGAUUUUGAUUUGUUAUAUUUUUUUGACAUUAAUAAUUGGAAAUUUUGUUGUUAUUUUUUUAUAAAAUAUUGUAUAUAAUUUCUAUCACAAUAAAUAUUUGUUGAUUAGAAAAGAAGAUUUCCUUAAAUUUGAUGCCAAAGUAGAAGAUGAAAUUAAUUUAGAUGAACAAAUUAAAAAACCGGACAAUGUAGAUGAAGAAAUUGAUUUAUGCGAAAUUCCAUCCAAAUGUGUGCAAUAUGAAGAAACAAUUUUUAUAGCAGCAAAAGUUAUACAUAUUGAUUUUGAAGGUCGUUCAGAUGGUGAAUCAUUGAAACAAAUUGUCCUUGCUUUAAAACCAAGACGUUUGUUAAUAAUAAGAAGUCCACAAACAAGCUCUAAAAUAAUUAUAAAUUUUGCCAAAGUAUUUUGUGAUAGUGCAGUAUUUUCACCUGGUGUUGGACAAUGUCUGAAUGUAACAUCUGAAUCACAUAUUUAUCAAGUAAUAAAUAUUUAAAUUUAACUCUUAUGAAAAUAUAAUUUUUUUUGUUGUUUGACUUAUACAUUUUAGGUACGCCUAACAGAUGAGCUCCUUUCAACACUACGUUUUAAAAAAGGUCCAAAUGGAGAUUUAGCUUAUUUGAAUGCUACAUUAAAACCAAAAGAAAAAAAAAGUGAAAAUGAAAAUGCCAUGAAUGUUGAUAAUGUUGUUAUCCCAGAAAAAAGUAAAAUGAUUAUCUUAAUAUAAUUGAAAAUUGAGAUUUUUAUUAUUUAUUUACUUUUAUUUUUUACUUUGUUUUAUUUUAUGUAGUGCCUAGAAUAGAUGAGCCUAUAUUUACAUUAAAACCUAUACCAGUUAAUGUAAGUUUAUUUUUGUUUUAUUAUCAAAUUUAAUUAUAGGUAUGUAAUUUGAAUGGUUUACUUUUCAGGACACUUUAUGCCGGAAAGCCAUAUUUAUCAAUCGUCUAAAAUUAUCUGAUUUUAAACAAAUUUUAUCUAAAAAUAACAUACCUUGUGAACUUUCAGAAGGUGUCUUAUGGUGUUGCAACCGAACUGUUUGCGUGCGUCGAGUAAGUAUUACUUUGGAUUUUUUUAAAUGUGUAUAUCAGUGGUGGAUCUAGAGUUUGAAAACUGUGGGUCAGCUUAUUUCAUAAUGGUUAUCUACCUAGCGUCUUUUUUGGGGGGGAGGUGCUUCCUUUGGUUCAUAUUUGUGUAUUGUAUUAUGUAAUUAAUGAUGUAUAUUUCACAACUAGAAAUAAAAGUACAUAAUUGUAUACAUAUUGAUUUUCUUAGAAAAAUAUUCAAAGAUGAUAUGACAUAUCAUCAAAUAUGCGUUAAUUCAGUGGCAUAAAUAAAAAGAAAUUUCUGGAGGAGUUUAUAUUAAGUGUACGUAUGUAUGGUGAUCAAUUUUCUAUAAGACAUUUGUUUUAUAUGUUUUACUUUUUGUAACAUUUCAAGAAACUAUCAUAAUAUAAGUAUAAGAUAUACUUACAUAAUACUUUUGCCAAAAAAAAAAAAUUUUAAAUUGGAUUAUAUUUAGAGAAAAAAUAACAAGUUGUUUUUAGAUGAAUAUUCAAUAAUAUAUUAAAAAUAUAAAGAAAAUAUUUUGAACACAUGGCCUUGAAUUUGAUUGGGGGAGAGAGUUACUACAUAUUGUCGUAAAUUUUUUUAAUAAAUUCCAAUUUUCAACUAUUUUUGUCCACACAUGUGUAGUAAAAUAAAAAUUACUUUAAUAAGAACCACUGGUUUGAGACUGGAUAUGGAUUUUUUUAUGUUUUUCUGAGUAUCUUUGACCUGAACAAUAUUUUGAUAUCUUCAAAAUUGACAUUUUUAGGACAUCAAAUGUUUUCGAAAGUUAGGUAUUAUUAUAAGGAAUAAUUUUGAUAAUAGUUUAUUAAUUUAAUUAAAAACAUAAUUUAUUAAUAAUACUAAUGAUAAUUUAGUAGUUUAAAUAAAAAUAAAUUGUUAUGGGAAUACCUAUAAAUGGGUGAUUAAGAUGGAUUGACUGUAGUAAUAUUAAAAUAAUUUAUUACACUUCAAACUCAUAAAAUUUGUUUUUUGGUUCUAAACUAUUGCCAUAUUAUAUGUAUUACUUUUGUAUAUUUUAGAAUUCUUCUGGAAAAGUUUUAGUUGAAGGAAUAAUUAGCCGGCAAUACUAUUUCAUUCGAAGUUUGUUAUACAGUCAGUUUAUUAUACUUUAA